AUGAAUAAUGAAUUGAACUUAAACUUGUUGUUUUCAGGUUUAAAAUAUAUUUCAAAAACAAAUUUAAUAAAAUCUGCUCUAAAUUCUCCAAACUUAACCAAAUGUGUAAACGAGUUUAAGGUGAAAUUGAUUAAUCAAUUGGAUUCCACAGGUAAAUUGGGAGAUUCUGGAAUUUCUGACGAGUUCCUCACCAACAUAGCAAAUUUGUUCUAUGAUUUGAAGGCUUGUGAUCCAAACUUCUGUUACCAUCUGUCAAAAUCAUUUGAACAAAGAUCAAUCAUUACAUCUCAAUUACAAUCUGGAGUGUUGUGGAUAUAUUAUAAUAACCCAUUGAUAAACCGGAGGAGAAGGAAAAUUGUAAAUUCCAGCUGUAAAAUAGCUAUUAAUCGGGCAAUUCAUGAGUUUUUAAAUUUGAAAGAAAAUGUAACUAAUAUCGCUAAAUUCGAUAAGAUUCUGAACAACCUGAAGGUGGUUGGAUACUGUUAUAAGUUGCCAGUCUCCUCCAAGGCAAGGCUCACCCAAAGCAUAAUCGAGUCUUCUGAAGUGUUUAAAUUGUGUUUUGAAUGCUCACAACUACUCAUUCCAAUGCUGAAAGCGCUCAGUUCACUGAAGCUAGAUAGCGAAAAAAUAGCUUUGACUAUGUGUAAAAUAUUUCUGAAACAGCUAGAACAAAAUGAUUUGAUUAGUCUAAAUGAAGUUUCAAACGUUGUAAAACUGAUGAACAACUGGGCCAUUUACAUAGUUGACGGAGCUAAAUACGUGAACUGUCUGACUAUUUUGAAACAGUUGUUUGAAAAUGGUGAUUAUGACUAUGGAAUUAAUACUGGAUCUACAAUAAAGUUGUUUGUGGCUUUGGUAAGACUGCCUAAGAGCGAAAUCGCAAGAGAAUUUUGUAAAGUAAUUUUAAAUAAAAUUGGGGAAAUUACUGAAUUCUGUAGUAACUCAGAUUUGACCCAGUUAAUUAAUGCUAUUUCUCACUAUAAAAAGAGUGAUCCUUCUUCUGACAUUCCUCAUUUGGCCUUGCUCUUGGACAGCAUUGAGACGUACAAAAAAUAUGAACAUAAAGGUAAGAAUAUAUAUAAUUGA